AUGGGUGACCGAAAAAAAAGAGCAGCAGUGUGUUGUGUAAUUGCAGCAGUGCUGCUUGAAGAAGAAGAUAAGCGGAAGAAAAGGCCACGUGAACGCUGGAGCAAGGAUUGGUUUCUGCAAAGAAGUGUUUUGCCCAGCGAUUGUCAUUUAUUGAACGAGUUGAAAGAAGGAGGGGAAAUUUCCGAUUUCAGUAAUUACCUACGAAUGGAUGACAACAAUUUUCAAGUGCUCUUGAAAAAAGUUUCUCCCCUCAUCGAAAAACAAAAUACAGUCAUGAGAGCCGCAAUACCUUCUCAUGUGAGAUUGAUAGCUACGCUUAGGUUUCUAGCGACAGGGAGAAGCUAUGAAGAUUUGAAAUUUUCAAUGCGAGUUUCCCCUCAAGCACUCGGAGAUAUAAUCAUAGAAACCUGCAUAGCAAUACAGAUAGCACUACGAGAUUUCAUUCAAGUAAGUGUAUCAUUGUUAUUUGUUAUACCUAACAGUUAA